UCGCGAUAUCCUACGACUCGUCCAUCACAUCGCCUUCGUUUCCCUCUACCGUCUUACUCCGACGAUUUUUCUCUCCGGCAAACACGCGUAACCAUGACUGGCCGAGGUGGAGGCGGCGGUCGCCGCGUUUUGCUGCCGCCCAUCAACAUGAUUUUCAAGCUUCUCCAGAACAAUGCCACAGUUAGCGUUUGGCUGUACGAGCAGCUGUCAAUUCGCAUCGAGGGCAAGAUUCGAGGGUUCGACGAGUUCAUGAACCUGGUCAUUGACGACGCCGUGGAGGUGAAGCAAAUCACAAAGACAAACGACAAGGAGACGAGGAAACCGCUGGGCCAAAUCCUGCUCAAGGGCGACAAUGUGUCUUUGAUCCAGAAUCUGUCAAGUUAAAGAAACACACUGCUUUUGAAUCAACUCUCUGAUAUGAA